UAGACGAACUGAACACAUUUGACGAACACGCAUGUAACGGAGUCAGAAAGAAGCGUGUUACACAGGCUAAUAACGACUGGUUCAAGAUAUACAUAGCCUAUAUGUCAAAUAGAGUUUUGUUUGUUGUCAGUAGUAUUUAUUUACCAUUAAUUAAGUGUCAGAGAAAUAUGUAUUUCUAGCUUGCUAGCUCAGCGACGUUCAUAUCUGAGGGGGUCCGAUUUCCCCUCUUCUUCAGAGGCAUUGCGAUGCCCUCUGAUUUUAUAUCUCUACUCAGCGCGGAUCUCGACCUGAAUUCCCCCAAAUCCCUAUAUUCCAAAGAAUCAGUGUAUGACCUUCUCCCCAAAGAGCUGCAGCUGCCAUCCUCCACUCAGCAAAACACAGCAGCAGCCAUGAGCCAGAAGAGCGGUGGAGAGGUGGCUCCUCCUCCCUCAGCUGCCCUUGACUCAGAUGCCACCACCGUCUCCUCUUCUAUGACCAUGGGAGGCCCUCGCAGUGCUUUUCCCACCUCUUCCAGCUCCACCAUGCACUCCACUACAGCCACCGACCAGACCUCUGCUCACACCGACGCCGCUCCAGACGAAGGUGUAAGUAGCAGAGUGGUGGCAGAGAUGCUUGGCGCUGAGGGCGGGACUGGCAACAGUGGGAGUGCUGGUGGCGGCAGGGCUGGCGGCGAGAAAGGAGGAGGGGCCGGAUCCCUAGGAGGAGGAGGAGGAGGAGGAGGAGGAAGAGGGGGGGCAUCCCAGGAGGCCCAGCAGCACCACCAGAUGACCCCCUCCAAACGGCGGACGGUGCUGAACAUCUCGCCUCCGCCCGAGGACCUGUUUGAUGACAGCUGCAUGUCCUGCCAGGAGGAUCAGCUCCAGGACUCAGAGCAGAGCAACAGCAUCUGGAUGGAUGACUCCGCCUCCAACUUCAGCAUCGUCAGCUCCAGCUCCUACAACGACAACACAGAGGUGCCCCGGAAGUCCCGCAAGCGCACCCCCCGCCAGCGACCCGGCCCCAAGCCUGCCUCGACCGAGGAGGCCAGCAUGGACGUGUUUGAUGCAGACAGUGCCAAAGGGCCGCACUUUGUGCUCUUGCAGCUGGGCUCAGACAGCAAGGCCUGUACCAAAGGAAGUUCGGCAGAUGGCCCCCAGACAACCCAUCAGAAAGGGGGGACCCUAGCGAGCCAGUUCCCUCAGAAGAGUGAGGGCAAAGAGCUGAAGAUCCUGGUCCAGCCUGAGACCCAGCACAGAGCCCGCUACCUGACUGAGGGCAGCAGGGGGUCAGUGAAGGACCGCACUCAGCAGGGCUUCCCCACCAUAAAGCUGGAGGGUGUGAAUGAGGCAGUGGUGCUCCAGGUGUUUGUGGGUAAUGACGCUGGGCGUGUGAAGCCACAUGGGUUCUAUCAGGCCUGCAGGGUGACGGGGCGCAACACCACAGCCUGCAAGGAGGUGGACACCGAGGGCACCACUGUCAUUGAAGUGCCCCUGGACCCCAGCAACAACAUGACCCUUGCGGUGGACUGCGUGGGGAUCCUGAAGCUGCGUAACGCUGAUGUGGAAGCUCGUAUCGGGGUGGCCGGCUCCAAAAAGAAGAGCACGCGUGCCAGGCUUGUGUUUCGGGUCAACAUCCCCAGGCCGGACGGCUCGGUGCUCACAUUACAGACACCGUCGUCCCCCAUCCUGUGCACCCAGCCUGCAGGGGUGCCUGAGAUUCUGAAGAAGUCCCUCCACAGUUGCUCGGUGAGGGGGGGUGAGGAGGUCUUCAUUAUUGGGAAGAACUUCCUCAAGGACACCAAAGUCAUAUUUCAGGAAAAUGUAUCAGAUGAGAAGUCUUGGAAGGCAGAGGCUGAAAUUGACAUGGAGCUGUUUCACCAGAAUCACUUGAUUGUGAAGGUUCCUCCAUACCAGAACCCAGCCAUCGCGUCAGCGGUAUGUGUGGGGAUCUAUGUGGUGACCAAUGCUGGCCGAUCCCAUGACGUGCAGCCUUUUACCUACACUCCAGAACCAGUGGACAUAUCUGUGAAGAAAGAAGUCCCAUCUCCAGGCAAGCCCUGCUCUUUUGAUGAACGGAUGAAAGUAAUUGAUGGUGCCUUGAUGCCCCCAAUGUUGCCUCUUGUGAAGAGAGAAGAGGUCACGCCAAUGGAGGUUUCCAGCAACCUCACUUCUGCUGGCGUGUUCAAGCGGACCCCUGAUGUCAUGUGUUCGGCCCAGCAGACGCUGGACAUGAGUUCCAACCUUCCCAACAACAGCCCGUUCUCCAACUCCUUGCCGCGGCCUGCCAGUGACCCUGACGAAUCCCAAACAGCAGUCUUCAACAGUGCAGAGGCCCUGAGCACCAUACAGAAGCAGGACAUCGCUCCCACCAACUCCUUCCCUGUGCCUGCAGACUCUCUACUCCAACCUGGGCCUCAGCAGUUCCUCCUGGAGCCCAGAGAGGGGCUGGGGCAGGACAGGGCCGGCAACAACGCUGGGGCGGUAGGGAGGCUCGGUCAACUACUGGAGGCCCCUCAGCCUGCCCCCCAGCAGCACCAGCUGCCCAUAUUCCCCCCAGACGAGGUGGCCCAACUGGAACAAGCAGUGAGACAACUGCAGGCCAAAGGGUACUGCAGCCAGCAGCAACAGCGACAACAGCAACAGAUUCAACAACAACAAAUUCAACAACAGCAGCAACAAAUUCAGCAACAACAGCAACAACAAAUUCAGCAACAGCAACUACAGCAACAACAACAGAUUCAACAACAACAAAUUCAGCAACAACAACAGCAACAACAAAUUCAGCAACAGCAAAUUCAACAGCAACAAAUUCAACAGCAGCAGCAGCAACAACUUCAACACCAGCAGCAACAACAGCAACAGCAAGUGUUGGAGAACCUGCAGCUGUUUCAGUCACAAAUGCCCAUGCAGUGUGGCAUAUUCCAGGGCGGUUCUCGAGGUGAGAACACUGAACAGCAGGGUUCCCAGCAGGGCAUGGUGCAGAACCAUGGUUCCCUUUUUCAGCAGGCCCAACAGCAGCAGCAACAACAGAAACAGCAGCAGCAAGCAGCGCUCUUUCAGCAAGCUAAUGAGCUCCUCUCCAUUCAGACCAACUUCCUCCAGCAGACCCCUCCUCAUCCCUCUCCACCCCUCUUCCAUAACCCCAGCCCCCUGGCUGAGGCACAGGACCCACAGGGGGCGCUGUUCCACACUCAGAAGGCCUCUCCCACCCAGGAGCAGGUCCAGGCAGCCCUCUUCCAGAACACCCUGACAGUGUUGAGUAGGACCAGCCUCUCCCCAGAGCAGCCCCCCUCUGCCGCCAACCUGUUCCUCCCCCAGAGUGCCCUGCCCGGGCAGCUCUCCGCUAACGGCAGCCAGCAGCAGCAGCAGCAGCAGCUGGCCUUCCUCAGUGCCCUGCAGACCUCUGCCCCUGAGCCCCAGUCAGUGUUCCAGGCUCAGACCCAGCUUUCCCCAAUCCAGCAGGGGACCCCCAUGGAGCAGCAGCAGCCUUCCCAGCCUCAGCCUCAGCCACCUCAGCAGAACUCCAUGUUUCAGAACAUCUCCCCUCAUCCACCUGCGAACACUCUCUCUCAGACCCAGCAGCAGCAGGCCGGCCUACUGUUCUGCAGCAACCCCCUCUCCACUCCGGAGCCCCCCAGUCUGCUGUUCAGCGGCCAGGGCCAGAUGCCCCCCAUGAGCAGCAGCAGCCUGAACUCUCAGGAGCCCCAGAACCCCUCCAUGCUGUUCUCUCAGGCCAGCAUGGUGACGGUUAGCCAGCAGGAGCCCUCUGAGCCCAUGGCCUUCCAGGACCAGAGCCAGGUGGUGGGGAACCCCUCGGAGCCUCUCCAGCAGGGCCUGUUCCAAGAGCAGCAGCCCAUGCAGCUGAUCACCAGCUCCAACAAUGGCCCAGAGCAGCCCGUCUCCCUCUUCAUGCCCCAAUCUAACAUGGCUGCCCUGCAGGGUGGCAUGGCUGCCCAGGAGCUCCCGCAGACAGGCAUCUUCAGCACCCAGAAUGGGGUGGCAGGCCUGCAGACCACCACCUCCUCCCCCGUGCAGCAGCCAGGGUCUCUGUUCCAGACAGCAGUCAGUGGGACCCUCAACCAGCCCAGCCAGGCCCAGCAGCCAGGCCUCUUCCUCUUUGGGAUUCAGAACGAGUGUGGCCAGCUGAUAAACUCUCCUGGAACCACUCUGUCUGAUCAGAUCAUUGCCAUCAGUCAGUCUGGUCAGAACCAGAGAGAGAGCGAGGCCCAGAUUCAGUCGCUGCUCAACCAGUCCAUGUCUGAGUCAGGGAGCAUGCAGAACAGCAUGACCGCCUCCCAGAACAUGGAGAAGAUAGAUGACCUGCUUGUCAGCUUGCAGGAGCAGGGCAACAACCUCACUCGCUCCUACUAGGUCUACUAUAGGUUUCAGGAGCCCAGAAGACCCCCAGUGUGGACCCCCAUUACAGACGGCAGAAGACCCCCAGUGUGGACCCCAUUACAGACGGCAGAAGACCCCCAGUGUGGACCCCCAUCAUAGACGGCAGAAGACCUCCAGUGUGGACCCCCAUUACAGACGGCAGAAGACCCCCAGUGUGGACC